AACCAUGGUAGCUGCCAUUCUCGGGAUAACAAUGACAUCAAUACAGGACGAAAUAUUCAACAGCGUUCUCUCAGGAGACGUAGAAGACUUACAGCAGGUUCUGGAAAGUUACGAUGCUACCGAAGAGACAGAGGAGAUCAAUUUGUUUGGAAAAGUGGACGAGAUGGGAAGAAAUGCCCUUUUAGUCGCUUCCAUGCUCGGAAAGAGCAGCGUUGUCCGUGAACUGGUGAAACAAGGCGCCAAGUUGGACGAGCAAACCGUUAGAGGGUAUACAUCGCUGCAUCUUGCUGCUUGUUGGGGCCAUCUGGACACAGUGAAGACUCUGCUUGAGCUAGGAGCUGACUUAAAGGCCAAGACCUUCAGAGAGGAGUCACCUCUGGACCUGGCCAAGAGAUACUCCCAGACAGACUGCAUUGACCAUCUCACACUGGCUGAAAAGGAACUGGAAGCUCUUAUCGCUGCUGCAAACGAACCUCCCGCAGGCACAAAGGAGACUGAUUCAGGUCACCACACUGCCAGAUCAAAGCAUCGGAAAAGCACAGCUAGACACUAAGUUUAGCUCCUAAUUUUAAGAACAUUAAUUAUAAACACAGUAAAAUAUUGGCAUCCAUCUAUCCAUUGUCUAUACCCGCUUGUCCCUGCAUAGUCACGGUGGGAGCUCCGAGCUCCAGUGGUCAUUGGGUAAGAGAGGGGUGUACACCCUGGACAGGCUGUCAGUCCAUCACAGAGCAAUACAGAACAAACAGCACAGAGACAUUUUAGAGAGACCAACUAAUUUAACGGUCAUGUUUGUGGACUGUGGGAGAAAGCUUGAGUACCAUGAGAGUACACACGCAUGCACAGGGAAAAUAUACAAGCAAGGUUUUUACUAAAAUAUUUGUUUUGAACACAUUUAAAAAAAAUUUAUUACAUUUAGAGUGCCUUUCCUAAUUAUCCAUCCACAUUCAAGUUCGUCCCAUUUUGCCCACAAACUUUAUUGUUGUACUUAAGAAUACAUAUGGUUUACUUAAAAAAAAAAAAAAUCUGGAAAGUGUAGCAAAUCUCUACAAAUAGCAAACAUCUCUUGAGCUGAUUCAUGUGUAAACAUGACUUUAAGUCUUGAUAAGAGACAUUUAACAAAAAAAAAAAGAAUCAGAGGAGACACAGCUCAUCCUUUCAUGCACACAGUUUAUUGGAAAUUCACAGAAGCCAAAUGAAUUACUCAUGGAAACUGUACAUACCGUUUACCAAAUAAGAAAAAAAAAAAAAAAAGGAAAAUCAGACCAAAAACCAGGCUAUAGUCUUUUUAAAACCAUAGGACAGCCAUUCACACUUUUACUUUUUUUAUUUUAAGUUCAGGAACACAUUAAAAGCCUGCAUGAUUUUUAUAUCUAGCUUUCAUGCUGCUUAAAGGCAAAAUUGUCAGUUCAAGCAGAUUUGCAGGUUGUUUUUUUAUAUGUAAUUUCUGUGGUUAAUGUAAAAAUUUACCAUGUUAUUGGAGGGAAUAGAAGACACUGUUGACAGAGAUAAAUUUAAUUUACUUCAGCAGUAACUAAAGGUUUUUCUACGUUAGCUGAU